AUAUUGUCGAUCGGAAAUCAAUUUUUAAAAGCGAAAGAAGGAAAGGGGGAGGAGAAGAAGAAAGAUGGGUUACGUUCUGAGAGUGAGAAUGGCGUCGUUUUUCGGCGGAGCUGCGGUGGCGUCGUUUCUGGGUCUCUACAUCCUCCACAACGAUUACAAGGUCGCCCACCACUCCAUUUCUCAACAGGUGAAAGGCCUACAUGAAUCAUUGGACAGAAGAAUUUCAGCUCUCGAAAGUUUAAAGCCAACAGAAGCUCCACAACCUGCAGAAGCAUCCGAGUAGAUGCCUUGAGAAUGCUACCUGCAACUCUCUUGUGACUCCAAAGAUCUUUUUUGUUUCUUCGAAUUAUGCGGGUGGUUUCUAUGUUGUUUCUCCACCCUUACAAAGAAUAAUAAUGACAUAACUGACUUCUACGGUUACUACAAGACUCGAGUAUUUUGUAUUUUUAUCAGAUGAAAACUGUCAGUAGCUCCGAGAGAUGCUUUGCAUCGACGAGAGGUUAUUUUACUUUCGGAUAUAAAUUUGUUUCAUCGAGAA